UGCCCCCCACACUCUUGCCUUAAUCUUUGGAUUCUACUCAUUAUUUCCAUCUUACUUUCUUUUGAGAGCAAAACUUUCUAUUUGCUAUGGCUUCCGAACUCUCAUUGAAACAAGUCAAGCCUAUUGAUACAACACAAGAACCCGACAAGACAAACGGGUCGAAGCCCGCCCAAUGGCUUCGGGCCGCAAUCCUUGGGGCGAAUGAUGGUAUUCUAACCGUGUCCUCUCUCAUGAUUGGCGUUGGAGCAGUUAGGCCCGACCCGGGAACCAUGGCACUAACCGGGCUAGCGGGUUUGUUUGCUGGGGCUUGUAGCAUGGCUCUAGGUGAGCUCGUGUCAGUCUGGGCUCAGCGAGAUGCAGAGCUCUCACAAAUUCUGAGAGAUCAUGAGGCCCAGCCUGGUUUGUUGGGCCUCUUGGCAGAAAAAAAGAAGGCCCUACCUAGUCCGUUCAGUGCUGCGGCUGCAUCAGCCGCAGCAUUUGCAGUUGGAGGCGGAGUUCCACUUUUGUCCGCCGCUUUUAUAAGACCCUAUCGGGUAAGGCUCGCAGUGGUAUUAACCACCGUGAGCCUUGCAUUGUUCGCUUUCGGAUGGGUAGGGGCCUUCUUAGGCAAGUCACCGGCACUCAAAUCAUCCUUGAGAAUCUUGGUAGGAGGAUGGGUGGCAAUGGGAGUCACUUUUGGGCUAACAAAAUUGGUUGGUUUAACAGGAAUAUAGGUAGCUAAAAAUUAACAAGUGUACUUUAUUACCUUGUGUAUUGGCAAACUAUUAUUACAUAUUUGCAUAGCUUUUACUUGAAUUCAAUGUGCAUGCGAAUUAUAUACAUAAUAUCAAAUGAAAAGAAUUAAUUAAUAAUAUUCCCUUCUA